CAUCUACAGCAGCUGUCAACGAACGGGGACCGUGACCAGACAGUGUUGUUUUCGCAUGUCGUUGUAGGAGAGAAACGGCUCUGUUGAUACCAAAGAGGCGGGGCUCACGAGCACAUACUCAGGGAAGAGAUUCUCACUGGGACUCAGGUGGGGCGAUGGCGGAAUCUGGGAAAGAGCUGUCAGCCGGUUCCCGACAUCCAUCAGUCGGCUCGCCCUUUUGUCGCAUCUCCAUCGUGAUAAACUGGAAGAGACCGCUUUGGACUUCCUCAAUCUUUGUUGUCACCAAUUCAAUUUUCUGGUUUGUGACCCUGAGUCCCUGCAGACUAUUCAGCCUCACGUGCCUGAGUCUGGCUCUGAUGGUGGUCCUACAGUUUAUACGCGAUCUGUACCUGAUGAGAUCCAAAGGAACUCCUUUAUGGCACAGUAUGACUGGAAGUUGGGAGAUGAUUCACUCUAGGCAUGGUGCGGAAUCAGAACCGGCAUCACAAAUCACGGAUUCCUGGACCAGCUUCAAACUGUUCUUGGAGGAGACGUCUUCUUUCAAGCAACAGAACCCUGGGAAGUUCUGCCUGCUUGUAUGCAGCUUGUGUUCCUUCCUGGCGGUUCUGGGACGCUACAUUCCUGGAAUUGUCCUCUCAUAUAUAUUAGUGCUUGGCAUCUUCCUCUGGCCCCUGGUGUCGUCACAUGACUUUGGACUGUGGUUCGAGCCAGUUCUGCAGAAACUGGACUUCGGACUUGGACAGUUCCUUCAAAAGAUCAAAGAGAACCAUGAGAAGAGAAUCCUCCAGGCUCAGGAAGAACACGAGAGCAUCGAGGCUGAUCUUUCUUCUCUUUUCCCCAAGCUGGACUCAACCGUGUAUAAGGAGCUGUCCAUAUCAGACACAGAGCCCUCAGAAGUGACAUGGACAGAAAAUGGCACCUUCAACCUGUCCGAAGGGCACUCACCACAAACAGAGAACUCAGAAGACCUGGACCGACCCAGCGACCACGAGGAGGUGUUUGCUGGCGGCCUCCCAGACUUCCCAUCGCUGGAUAACGGUCAGGGGACCAACGGCGACGACGAUGAAGACCUCAGCAUCGGCCUGCCCUCCCCGGCACCCAGGACGAAGCCCAAACACAAACAGCGUAGCGUGGCGGCCGAGCCUCGUCCAGACCCCACCCUGCAGCUGGUGGAGCGCAUGGCCGGCGACGUCAUCGCCGCCGCCGUCACCGCUGCCAUCCAAGAGCGGCUGGAGGCCACCGUCGCCUCCGCCAUGUGCCCGGCGCCCGUGGACGCCGCCUGCCCGUCCUUCUCGUCGUCCUCGUCCGCCUCCACCCCGCCGGCCGCGCUGGCCCAGGCCCUGGCCGAAGACUCGGACAGCGAGGCGGAGGACUUUGAGCUGCUGGACCAGGCCGAGCUGGAGCAGCUGGAGGGGGAGCUGGGCCUGGAGAGGGCAGGGGGCCAGGGGGCCCAGCCCAGGAGCAGCAGCAGGCCCGCGGGCUUCUUCUCCAAACUGCUGGGCCGCCACUGACCGGGCAGAGAGGGCGCUUAGCCAGAGAUUGUGAACGGUGGGCUGGGUGGGUGUGCAGGGACUCGGAGGGUUGACAAGUGGCGAUUUUCCUCGUUAUUUACUUUAAUUAGACAUGGGGUUUGGCACGCUGUGUGGGAGGGACAACACAGGGAUGGUUGAUCUAAGAGGUUUCUGUCCGUGCUGAUUGAUUUUUUUUUUCUCUCCAAAAUGUGUCUUUACAUUUCAGUAGAGGAGUUUGGAGCAGAGUGAUAUUCAUAGAAAUGUUUAAAUAUUUCAAGGAAUAUUUUCAGAAACUUUCCAUUACAGGAGUGAAGGAAUUGUCCAUAAAUGUAUACAAAAGUUAUGGGAAUGGGCAGAAAAUUGCGUUUUCCUUUUUUACAGAUUAUUUUUCAGUGGAUGGUACCAUCAUGCGGCCAAACAAUCACAGAUUUUCACAGAUGCCCAAAUCUGGUCAUUAGACCCAUUGUAGUGUCUAAACGUAACUCUUUGUACAUUUACUGUCAAAGCCAAUCCAGAAUUUGCAAUCAACUGUGCUACAAACCCACCCAGAAUGUAUGCCAGGAAAGUCACCACUUUUGAUUUUGCAUUUUUGUUUUCUAAUUUUGUAUUUUGUUUUUUUUUCAUUAAGUUUUGACCUGUUGUCAGCCAGGGAAAUGUUGCAGAAAGCAUCAAAUCUCAAUGUUAUAUAUAUAUUUUUGCAUGCAUAGCUGUGUUUUCAUGUAAACAUGUAAACAUUUUAUGUGUACUUGCACCUUAAUAUGUGAUUGAUACAGCUAGGCACUUGAAGUCAAGGUAUCAGAAACUGGACCUUGUGCAAUUAUAAUGCCAUUAAAUCUUUCUUGAAUGUAA